UCUUCCUCUUCUCCUAAUAUUAUCCUAACUGAACUAAAAUGUUCUAAUAAGUCUACUGUGUGCUACAGGAAAUAAAGCCUACCCCCAGUUCUAUAGAUGGAGAACAUAUCAACAACCUACACCAAUUUUGUCCUUGUUGGGCUUGUCCAAAUGGAAUCAUUAAGAUUCUUAUACGCUCUACUUACUUUUUCAUUAUAUUCAACUUCUUUCUUUGUGAGUUCAAUGAUUGUCUAUGUAACCUGGACAGAGGAAAGUUUGCAUGAACCGAUGUACAUCUUUAUAUGCGGCUUGGUCCUCAACGUGAUGUUCGGAAGUUCGGCUUACCUCCCCAAGCUACUGAUUGACUUACUGUCUAAAAAUUCAACUAUUUCUCUCUCCGGAUGUCUAUUUCAGGCCUUCUGCAUGCAGACUUACGCAGCUGCUGAAAUUUUUACUUUCACUGUUAUAGCAUACGAUCGAUAUUUGGCGGUGGCUCACCCUCUGAGGUACUCAGCGCUGAUGACAAACUUGACCAGUCAGAAGUUACUACUUGCCAUAUGGGUUUUUGUUCUUUUGGGUAUAUGUGGGGUUGUAUUGUUAACAGCAAGGCUGACCUUUUGUGGGGUAGAUAUCAACAAUGUCUACUGUGAGACCAUGUCCCUCCUACGACUUUCUUGUGGCGAUAUCACAGUUAAUAAUAUUUAUGGAAUAACAUGGACCUUGCUCAUCACAGUUAGCCCCAUGCUUUUAAUUAUUUAUUGUUAUAUAAAGACGAUUGUCAUCUGUCUCAAACUUCCUGGGGAAGCCUCUCAGAAAGCCGCCCAAACGUUGGUGACUCAUGCAAUCGCUUUUAGCAUUUUUAUGGUUGGAACUCUGUUUAUUGUCUUUAGGUACAGACUAAGCAGUAGUUCUCUCUCAACUGUUGCCCAUGUUGUCAUCUCUAUGAGUGGUAUGAGUACAUCGAUUACUGUUAACCCUCUGAUCUACGGCAUAAGGACCAAGGCACUCAGAAUAAGAAUCGCACGCACUCUGCAGAAGAUAUUAGGAAACUCAAAAUAA